AUGCCUCAUAGCUCCAGUCGCAAACUUAACCCCGUUCCUGCUGAAGAAGAGGCGGUCUGCUGGAUGGAGAAAGAAGCUCUCGUGAAAGAGGAGGAAGAGGAGGCUGUUAUACAAAAACAAGUAGAAGGUGAGGCUGUUACUGUGAAAGAAGAAGAGAAAUACGUUACAGAGGAAGAGGAGGACUACGACGUUUCAGUGAAAGAAGAGGAGGGGGAGAUGGCUGUCACAUCGAAAAAUGAAGAGGACGAAACUGGAUAUCUGGUCCCGGUUUCCCAAACGCAUCUUCAGGCAUCCGGUUCUAAAGAUGAACUUAGCAAUGAGAUGGUUUUGAGAAACCGUUCCCUGAGUAACACUCGAGAGAGACGUGACUAUCGUGGAUCCUCUGGGGGGCCUCAACAACCUCAUGAUGCUGAUGAGGCAGAGAAUAGUCUCUCCACAUCAAAACACCUCAGGAAACACCAGCAGAGACUCACAGGGAAUAAAUCUCAUUGCUGCUCUGACUGUGGAAAAGGUUGCAAAUCUUCAUCAGAACUUAAAAUACACCAGAGAACACACACAGGUGAGAAACCUCAUAGCUGUGAUCAAUGUGGGAUGAGUUUUACUACAUCAAGCCAUCUGAUUCAACACCAGAGAACACACACAGGAGAGAAACCUCAUAGCUGUGAUCAAUGUGGGAUGAGUUUUACUACAUCAAGCCAUCUGAUUCAACACCAGAGAACACACACAGGAGAGAAGUCUCAUAGCUGUGAUCAAUGUGACAAGAGAUACUCUGAUAAAAGAUCUCUGAUCAAACAUCAGAAAAUACAUACAUGAAGGAGUUGUUUCAUGAUAUCAAUGAAAUAAUGUCACAAUGUAGAAUGUUUUAACGUUGUAGUAGGAGUAUUUUAAUGAUGUCACAAUGUAGAAUGUUUUAACAUUGUAGAAUGAGUAUUUUAAUGAUGUUCUACCUUAUCGUUUGCCCUGUUCAAUUGAUUGCAGCAUGAUAUGGAUAUUAGCCUCAGGGGAAAAUCCAGGCUCUGAAUUGAAAGAGUAUUAUUUAACAAAAAGUGACUAACAAAAAAAGAGCUGUGUUACACCUCCUGCGUUGGUGAUGCACUUGAAUCAAAAUGCAGCACUUCAAAAUGUAGCCAGCUGUAUUCUACAAGUUGAAAAAGCUGCUUGUUUAAAAAAUACAUGUAAUAUGAUAAUUGUUGCAGAUGUUUGU